AUGGCCGGCGACAACUCUGGUCCGGGGCCAGACGGGGUUCCGAAUAUUGCGAACAACGGGCUGAAAACAAACAUUGCAAUUUGGUGCCUUUUUGUUCUAGCCACCGUUUUCCUCUUGCUUCGUCUGUACAGCAAAGGCCGCCGUCCGCGUCGGGGGUUUUGGUGGGACGACUAUGUUCUCGUGUUUGCAUGGACCUGCCAGCUGGCCUCUGUGGUGCAAAUCAGCGUUAUGAUCGCCAACGGCUUUGGUAUGCCGGGGAAGUACCUUGACGCCAAACAGACCUACCGCGUCGGCCUCGGCGGACUUGUCGCCGGCACCAUGAUGAUACUCGCUACUACGGGCAGCAAGACCUCCUUUAUUCUCACCCUGGUGCGUAUUUCGACCGGGCCACAGCUCACCGCAGCGCUGUGCAUCGCAGCCGUGUCCAUGAACCUCUGCCACAUUGCCACCAUCUUGUUACAGUGGUUGCAGUGCCAGCCUCUGGAGAAGGCUUGGCACCGCUUGCCUGCAGGCACUUGCCUACCGUCCAGGGUCAAUCUUGGGAUGGCCAUGGCCAGCACCGCAUACUCUGGCUUCAUCGAUCUGUCUCUUGCCAUCGCAUCGUGGUUCGUGGUGAGCAGUCUCCAGAUCAGAAAGACUGAGCGUAUUGGCAUUGCCUUGGUCAUGAGCAUGGGUGUAUUGUAA